AAAAAAAAAUUAAGAGUGGAGAAGUUCAGAACAUAAUUUUGUUAAAAUUGCUAAGCAAAAUACGGAGUGCAUAUCGAGUCAGAUUUAAGCACAUUGUAAUAACUGUCACUGUUCUGUAACCAUCUAAAACCCUAAAGGUCCAUUCUUUACAAUCUUUAACCUCUACAAUGGCGUUCUCCUUACAAGCUCCAGUCAAACCCGUAACCUUUCCUCUAUCCAAACCUCUAUCCAAGCGGAAACCCCUUUUCGUUUGCAACCUAUCCUUACCUUUAAGAUACCCACUCACCAGCAUCGAACCCGAACCCGUUUACGCUUCCGUCAAGGCCUUUGCACCCGCCACAGUAGCCAAUCUUGGUCCUGGGUUUGACUUUCUAGGCUGCGCCGUUGAUGGAGUCGGUGAUUACGUCUCCCUCAGCAUUGACCCACAAGUUCACCCUGGCGAAAUCGCCAUCUCCGAAAUCAAUGGCGAUAACGCCAACAAGCUCAGCAAAAACCCACUUUGGAACUGUGCAGGCAUAGCCGCCAUUGAAGUUAUGAAGAUGCUCGGUGUUCGAUCUGUUGGUCUAUCGCUUUCGCUUGACAAGGGUUUACCCUUAGGAAGUGGUCUUGGAUCGAGUGCUGCUAGCGCGGCAGCUGCGGCGGUAGCGGUGAACGAGAUUUUCGGAGGGAAAUUGGGGGUUGAGGAAUUGGUACUGGCUGGGCUUAAAUCGGAGGAGAAGGUAUCUGGAUACCAUGCGGACAAUGUGGCACCGGCGAUUAUGGGAGGUUUCAUAUUGAUUCGAAACUAUGAACCUUUGGAGUUGAUUCGGUUAAGUUUUCCAGAAGAUAAAGAACUGUUUUUUGUACUGGUGAGUCCAGACUUUGAAGCUCCGACUAAGAAAAUGCGGGCAGCUUUGCCAGCAGAGAUUGGAAUGCCUCACCAUGUCUGGAAUUGUAGCCAAGCUGGAGCAUUGGUGGCAUCUGUGUUGCAAGGGGAUUUAGUGGGGUUGGGGAAGGCAUUGUCUUCUGACAAGAUCGUGGAGCCGAGGCGGGCUCCUCUGAUUCCGGGCAUGGAAGCUGUAAAGAAGGCCGCCAUUGAGGCCGGUGCAUAUGGGUGCACCAUCAGCGGAGCUGGGCCAACCGCGGUUGCAGUGACUGAUAAUGAGGAGAAAGGGAAAGUGAUUGGUGAGCAAAUGAUCAAUGCUUUCUUGAAAGAAGGCAAAUUGAAAGCUGUGGCCAAUGUUCAGAGGCUUGACCGGGUUGGUGCCAGGCUCAUUGGUAGUAUUCCCAGAUAAUUGAUGAAGGGUAUUUGUUGAAUCAUUAUAAUCUUCCAUGGUGUUUCGGUUUCCAGUUGAAUUUGACAACAACUCAUGACUUGAUAGAUAUAGUGGUGUGGCCGAAAUUGAUCACUAAAUUCAAGAAUUUGACUUGGGCUUGUUUUCAAAUGUUGUUAUUAGGUGCAGUGUUGUUCUAUUUUCUUCAAUUGGUUAUGAAGAAAUGUCUAUUUUAAACAUGUAGCUUUCUUUUGCUUAUCUCGGAAAUAAAAUGGUGUAUUAAGCACCUAAAUUCACAGCCCCAAAA